UCACAUAAAAAUGUCCUGAUUCAGUUAGUAUUUCAUUAUUUCUUAGGUUCCAAGCUUGAAAAAUGCAGUUUUUGUUGCUUGUCAGCUUUCUGCUUUUCUACAGUACCCAAGUCUGGGCAAAAGAGAGGCACUACUAUAUUGGAAUUAUUGAAACAGCUUGGAAUUAUGCUCCCAUCAGUGAUGAGAAGAAACUGAAGUUUGAAGAAUUAGAACCUGAAUCCAAACUCUAUCUUCAAAGAGGGCCAGACAGAAUAGGAAGUACUUACAAGAAAGCCAUAUAUGUCCAAUACACUGACAACCUCUUUACAACAAUAAUUGAAAAGCCAUCCUGGUUGGGAUUUGUAGGCCCUAUUAUUCGGGCAGAGACUGGAGACAAAGUUUUUGUGCAUGUAAGAAAUUUUGCUUCCAGAGCCUACACUUUUCAUGCACAUGGAAUAACCUACUAUAAGGACCAUGAAGGUGCUCUCUAUCCUGAUAAUACCACAGGCCCACUCAUUAAUGAUGAUAAAAUACAACCAGGAGCACAAUACACAUAUGAAUUAUUUGUCCAUGAAAAGCAAGGCCCUGGUUUCGAGGAUAGUAACUGUGUGUCCAGAAUCUACCACUCACACAUAGAUGCCCCAAGAGACAUCGCAUCUGGACUCAUUGGCCCUUUGAUAAUUUGCAAAAAAGAUACAUUAGAUAAUGAGAAGGAAAAAGAUAUUGAUAAAGAAUUUGUUGUGAUGUUUUCUGUGGUGGAUGAAAACAUGAGUUGGUAUUUAGAGGAAAACAUUAACACCUACUGUUCUGGAAAAGUUGAAGAGGAUAAGGAAGACUUCCAAGAGAGCAAUCGGAUGUACUCUAUAAAUGGAUAUACUUUUGGAAGCCUCCCUGGUUUCACUAUGUGUGCAGAAGACAAGGUGAAAUGGUACCUUUUUGGCAUGGGCAAUGAAAUUGAUGUGCAUGCUGCUUUUUUCCAUGGGCAAACUUUGACUAAUCAGCAUCAUCGAGUUGAUACCAUAAAUCUAUUCCCUGCCACACUGAUUGAUGCCUUAAUGAUAGCAAAGAACCCUGGAGAAUGGCUGCUUAGCUGCCAGAAUUUCAACCAUAUGAAAGCUGGCUUGAAGGCCUUUUUCCAGGUUCAGGAUUGCAAAAAACCUUCAUAUGAUAAUGUUGAUGGGAAAACUAUUAGAUAUUACUACAUUGCAGCUGAAGAAAUCAUCUGGAAUUAUGCUCCUUCUGGCGUAGACUUAGACGCCCCUGGAAGCUCCUCAGAAGUAUUUUUCAAACAAGGAGCUGAUAGAAUUGGAGGAAUUUAUAAAAAACUGGUUUUCCGCGAGUAUACAAGUGACACUUUCAUCCACCGCAAAGACAGACUCCCUGAAGAGGAACAUCUGGGCAUCCUAGGUCCUGUCAUUAAGACAGAAGUUGGAGAUACUAUCAAAGUUACUUUCUUUAAUAAGAGUCCCUUUCCCCUCAGCAUUCAGCCAACUGGUGUAAGAUUCAACAAGCAUAAUGAAGGAUCCCAAUACAAUUCACUCCAUGGAGGUAUUUCUUUUACUUCUUCUUCUUCAAAUGUGUCACCCCAAAAAAAGUUUACCUAUGAAUGGACUGUCCCAGAUGGAGUGGGACCUACAUACCGGGAUCCUAAUUGUUUAACCAAGAUGUACUACUCUGGUGUAAAUCCCAUUAAAGACAUGUUUACUGGACUUAUUGGUCCUCUCAUCAUCUGUAGAAAAGGAAGUUUGAAUUCUGAUGGUAGACAGAUAGGUGUGGACAAAGAGUUCUAUUUGUUCCCCCUAGUAUUUGAUGAAAAUGAAAGUCUGUUCUUGGAUGAAAAUAUCCAAAUGUUUACAAAAGAACCUCACCAGGUGGAUAAAGAAGAUGCUGAUUUUCAAGAAUCCAAUAAAAUGCACUCCAUAAAUGGAUUCAUGUACUGGAAGCAGCCUGGACUUGAAAUGUGCCUAGGAGAUACCGUUUCAUGGCACUUAUUCAGUGCUGGAAAUGAGGCUGAUAUACAUGGGAUAUACUUUGCAGGAAACACAUUCCUCUCUAAGGGAGAACAGAAGGACACAGCAAACCUUUUCCCUCAAACAUCUCUUACACUCCUUAUGACACCUGACUCUGCAGGACUUUUUGAUGUUGAAUGCCUAACAACAGAUCACUACACAGGAGGCAUGAAACAGAAAUAUCUAGUGAGAGAGUGUGAGAAGUCUACAUCUGACACAACACUAUAUCUACACCAGAAAGUCUACUACAUUGCUGCUAAGGAAGUGGAAUGGGAUUAUUCCCCAACCAGGGACUGGGAAGAAAAACUCCAUAAUUUACAAGAACAGCAAAAUGUUUCCAAUGUGUUUUUAGAUAAAGAAGAAUUCUUCAUAGGUUCCAAAUACAAGAAGGCUGUAUACCGUCAAUACACUGAUAAUACAUUUAGUACUCCAACAGAGAGAAAAGAAGAUGAGGAACAUUUGGGAAUUCUAGGUCCACAACUUAUGGGAUAUGUUGGUGGCAAAGUUAUAAUUGUCUUUAAAAACAUGGCAUCAAGACCUUAUUCAAUACAUGCCCACGGGGUGAAAACUCCUAAUUCUGUGGUAGUUCCAACACAACCAGGUCAAACGCAGACUUAUACUUGGGAAAUCCCCCAAAGAUCUGGUGCUGGAAUAGAAGAUUCUCCUUGUAUUCCCUGGGCUUACUAUUCAACCGUAGAUCAAGUUAAGGAUCUUUACAGUGGAUUAAUUGGUCCUCUGAUUAUUUGCCGCAGACAUAUUAGACCUGUAUAUGGAGCCAUGAAGAAACUCCAGUUUUCUCUUCUAUUUUUAGUUUUUGAUGAAAAUGAAUCUUGGUAUUUAGAUGAAAAUAUCCAAACUUACUCUGCUGCACCAGAAAAAGUAAACAAGGAAGAUGAAGAUUUUAUAGAAAGCAACAAAAUGCAUGCAAUUAAUGGACUAAUGUUUGGAAAUUUACAUGGUCUGACAAUGCAUGUUGGAGAUAAAGUCAACUGGUAUCUGAUGGCCAUGGGAAAUGAAAUUGACCUGCAUAGUGUACAUUUCCAUGGACACAGCUUUGAAUAUAAGUUUGGAGGAGUUUAUCGUUCAGAUGUCUUUGACCUCUUCCCUGGGACAUCCCAAACGAUCGAGAUGUAUCCAAAUGUGCCCGGAACGUGGCUACUUCACUGUCAUGUGACUGACCACAUCCAUGCUGGAAUGGAAACUACCUAUACUGUCCUUAAAAAUGAAGGAUCUCCUCAGACUCAUAGGAGGGUAACAGAUAUGAAAUAUCCAUUUCUAGUACUUUUAAUAAUUUUUUCCCAGCUGUCAAUCACGGGACAACUCUGAGAAUAAGCAAUAGGUCAUCCAACUGCACAUGACGUUCUGGACCACAGGCAUUAUCCAGCUACUUAACUUUUCCUGUUUGGAUUGUCAAGUCAAUCUCUAAUGAACACUGAUGGAUCGCAUCAUACCUCCAUGAAGUCUGAUUUAAUCAAGGCAACGCCAUCUGCACAUAGUUAUAUCCAGAGGGCAAUUAAAGACACUAGGAGUCCUCUGCCCACUCCAGACACCUCCAUGUCACACCUCCAUGAGCCCUUCUCUGGCUGCCUACUCCAAUCUUGCAAACACUCCAGCUCCUGCCCUGGGAUCCUGAUCUCAUGAUCGGUAAGAUUUCUCCCUAGCUAGCUUGACCCAGAGCCACCACUGUGAGCUACAGACACCUUCAGACCAAGUGGUGGGAGGUACAUGUCCUUCCUGCUAACCCCAAACUUCUUUCCACAUGAUUUCCAACAAAGAGGGAAGCAUUUAGAUUAUACUUUCCUUUAGGUCAGGGGCUGUCUUUGACCUCUUUUUGCAUUCACAGGGAGGGCAUUUAAUAAAUGUUUUACUAAACUGAAAAGUAUUUGAACACUCCAAAUGUGGUGGUUUAAUAAUCCAUGAGGUUAAACCUGGAUAUUUCAUGUAGAAGAAUGUAAGCUUUUUGAGGGCACAGCCCAUUUCUUAUUUUGUAUCUGUAUCUCAAAUCAUAACACUAAAUUAUUCGUUCUACUGUGUGCCUAUUUAUUCUCCCCCUGCCAAUUAUACAAUUAAAGGUAGAUUUUGUUGUC